AUGCGUGCUCGCCUUGUCGUGGCCUCCGAGCCGGAGUCUCGCGCAGACUCCACCAUCCUAGGUGCCAAAGAGGAGCCCAUCGUCAUCAGCGACGACGAGAGCGAUGACGAUAUCCAAUUCGUCACAGCAGCGGGGCCUUCAUCGGGCACCGUCCUCGCUCGGGCACGAGACGCCGGCUUAUCCAUCACCACGCGUACCGAGCAUCCAACGACGACGUCGAUACGUCUUCGGCUAGCACGAAAGCGAGAGGAGGAGGAGGUCAAGCGGGAAGACGAGGUCAAGCGGCGUCGACUGACCGUCCCAACGCAAAAGCCCAUACCACUUGCCAUCCGGAAGCGAAAUCCAAUACCAACACUCAAUGUCAAGCCCGAAGAGAUCGCAUCACCACCUCUCGACGUGAAGGACGAAUACACCUUUCACUUCACCACUCCUUCCCCGCCACCACCACCGCGUCACGCACCAGGCGCCCGCCCCAUCGAUCCCAUCCUCAUCUACUCUGCCCCGACCCUCGUCGUCAACUUCGAUCCCGCCGAGAUCCCCUCCUUCGAACGUGGUGCGUGGCUACGACUCUGCACGCAUCGCUACCUGCUCUCAUCCACGCCCGCCCCACGCAACUCCGACGAAGAACGGUAUCGCGCGGACGAGCUCAAACUUCGUCUGCUCAGCCUCUUCCGUCUUUCCUCCUGGCCACCCCGCGAAGAGCCCCGAAUCUCCUUCCCUCGCCUGCCAAAAGUGAGUCACAAGUUUGUCGAUAUCCACUUUGUCACGCGGUCACAGCACGAUGCGACCCGGCAUAGGAGCCCCCUCUUGAGGAUGGGAAACGAUGUUCUGCUUCCCUUCGUGCACGGGGCGUUCAUCGAACCUUGCUUGGUUGUGGUUCAAUUUUCACAUCCGACGAUGCGCAAGGAGGGCGAUGAGAGGCUGGAGGAGAAGGAGAAGGAGCAUUUGCGGGUGUUUGGUGCAGCAGCGCGCGUGGCGGUUGCAGAAAGCGCUCUUGGGCAGGCCGGAGAGGUGGUGGCCAUGUGGUUGUUAGAGGACGGCUAUCCGCACAAUCCCGAGCUGGAGAACGGGCUGGGGCUGGAAAGACGACCUGAGUAUACGAUGCUGUUGAGACGGGGUACGAAACAGGUGCGGAUACCGCCGUGGUUAAAGAUCGUUGAUAGGCCGAGGAAGAGAGCGAGCGAAGGUGAGGAAAAGAGCUGGGAUGGAUAUGUGAAGCUCUGGUGGGAUGAGCGACCAGCUGACCUGUGCAAUUACUGCAAGGAUGCGGCUGAUGGUCAUUCUGAUAAGCAGUGCACCAGGGGGAACAGUGAAGAGAGGGCGAGGCGCGAACUCAAGCCUCGACCAACAGUCUACUAG